UCUGAUCACCAUUCCAAAACACGCUUCAUUUUCUCUUUAAUAUUUCACAGCACACUUCUCUCUUUCCCGUGCUCAAUAUUUCUUCUUUGAUUUCCCCAACAAAAACAAGACAAUAUGGCAGCAGAGCUUCUUCUUACGUUUGCCGUGGAGGAGUCUUUGAGAAGGAUGAUUUCCAUAGCUGCUGAAGGGAUCGGACUUGCUUGGGGAUUGAAUGGACAGCUGCAAAAGCUCGUAGAUUCUUUGACCAUGAUUCAAGCUGUGUUGCGAGAUGCAGCAACAAGGCCAGCGGCAGAAGAUGGUGUGAAGCGUUGGCUGGAUAAGCUUCAAGAUGCAGCUCAUGAUGCUGAAGAUGUUCUAGACGAGUUUGAUUAUGAACAGAAGGGAAAGGUAUGUGAUUUUGUUUCACUCCACAAUCCUAUUGUAUUCCGUUGGAAAAUGGGUCAUAAAGUCAAGAGGAUCCAUGGAGCCUUAGAUGAAAUCCUGAAACUGGGCGGUGAUCUUGGAUUGGCAAAUCGCCCUGAAGUUAGGCGAGAUCCACCCCGGCAGACAGAUUCCUUCCUUGACAGCUCAGCUGACACCUCAGCAGUUGUAGUAGGAAGGGAGGAUGAUGUCUCUAAAGUUGUGGAAUGGCUGACCGAAUCCCAACAUGUCCUUUCGGUUGUUCCUAUAGUGGGGAUGGCUGGCCUCGGAAAGACUACUAUAGCAAAGAAUGUUUAUAAAGAGGUCAAGGAAAGAAAGCUUUUUGAUGAAACAAUAUGGGUUUGUGUUUCUAAUCAUUUUGAUGAAGUGAAGAUUUUACGAGAAAUGUUGCAAACGAUAGAUAAAACUACGGGGGCGUUGGAGAAUAUUGAUGCAAUUCUUCAAAACCUCAAGAAACAGCUGGAAAAUAAAACAUUUCUUCUUGUUCUCGAUGAUGUGUGGAAUCGUAAUCGUAAUAAAUGGAAUGGUUUGAAGGAUGGGUUGUUAAAAAUUAAAAGCAAAAAUGGGAAUGCUGUUGUUGUUACAACCCGCAUUAAGGAAGUAGCAAGCAUGAUGGAGACUUCUCCUGGGAUUCAGCUCGAGCCAGAAAAACUAUCAGAUGAUGAAUGUUGGUCCAUUAUCAAGCAAAAAGUGAGUGGGGGUGGAGGAGCACCAUUAGCUGCAGACUCGGAAUCUAUUGGAAAAGAGAUUGCAAAGAAAUGUGGGGGGCUUCCAUUGCUUGCUAAUGUUUUGGGAGGAACACUGCGGCAAAAGGAGACAAAGGAGUGGGAGUCAAUUCUAAGCAAUAGAUUUUGGCAUUCCACCGAUGGAAAUGAAGCUUUGGAUAUAUUGAGAUUCAGUUUUGAUCACCUGUCAUCUCCAUCACUGAAAAAAUGUUUUGCAUACUGUUCCAUUUUUCCUGAAGAUUUUGAAAUUGAAAGGGAAGAGCUAAUUCAACUUUGGAUGGGUGAAGGUUUUCUUGGGCCAUCAAAUCAGAGGAUGGAAGACAUGGGCAACAAGUAUUUCAAUGACUUGCUUGCAAACUCCCUUUUUCAAGAUGUUGAAAGGAAUGAGUAUGGGAUGGUAACAAGUUGCAAGAUGCAUGAUCUUGUGCAUGAUCUUGCAUUACAGGUCUCAAAAGCAGAAACGUUAAAUCCAGAGCCGGGUUCGGCUGUUGAUGGUGCAUCUCAUAUUCUUCAUCUCAAUCUCAUUUCUUGUGGGGAUGUUGAGUCAACAUUUCAAGCGCUUGAUGCUAGAAAGUUGCGUACUGUUUUCUCAAUGGUUGAUGUAUUGAAUCAGUCUAGGAAAUUCAAAAGCUUGAGAACUCUCAAAUUGCAACGGUCUAAUAUCACAGAAUUACCAGAUUCAAUUUGCAAGCUGAGACAUUUGAGAUAUCUUGAUGUCUCACAUACCAAUAUCAAAGCAUUACCAGAAUCCAUCACCAAUCUCUACCUUUUGGAAACAUUAAGACUCACUGAUUGUUUCUGGCUACAAAAGCUUCCCAAGAAAAUGAGAAAUUUAGUUAGCUUGAGACACCUUCAUUUUAAUGAUAAAAACCUAGUGCCGGCUGAUGUGAGCUUCUUAACACGUCUACAAACGUUGCCAAUCUUUGUUGUGGGUCCAGAUCAUAAAAUUGAAGAGCUGAGAUGUUUGAAUGAGCUAAGAGGAGAAUUGGAGAUAUGGUGUCUUGAGCGAGUGAGAGACAGAGAAGAUGCCGAGAAGGCAAAACUGCGUGAAAAAAGAAUGAACAAAUUGGUGUUUAAAUGGAGUGAUGAAGGUAACAGCAGUGUUAACAUCGAGGAUGUGCUGGAUGCUCUACAGCCUCACCCAGACAUAAGAAGCUUAACAAUUGAGGGUUACUGGGGUGAAAAGUUCCCAUCAUGGAUGUCUAUGUUGCAGCUCAAUAAUUUGAUGGUGCUGAGAUUGAAAGAUUGCAGCAACUGCAGACAACUCCCAAUACUCGGAUGUUUUUCUCGCCUUGAGAUUCUAGAGAUGAGUGGAAUGCCUAAUGUGAAAUGUAUAGGCAAUGAGCUCUAUAGUAGUAGUGGCAGCACAGAAGUACUGUUUCCAGCACUAAAAGAACUCAGCCUGUUGGGUAUGGAUGGUCUUGAAGAAUGGAUGGUACCGUGUGGAGAAGGUGAUCAAGUAUUUCCUUGUCUUGAAAAGUUGAGCAUUGAGUGGUGUGGCAAGUUGAGAAGCAUUCCGAUAUGUGGUCUUUCAUCUCUUGUAGAAUUUGAAAUUGCAGGAUGUGAGGAACUGAGAUAUUUGUCUGGUGAAUUUCAUGGCUUCACGUCUCUUCAGUUGUUGAGCAUAGAGGGUUGUCCAAAGCUGACAUCAAUUCCAAGCGUACAACACUGCACAACUCUGGUGAAAUUGGAUAUAGAUGGCUGCCUUGAGUUGAUCUCAAUUCCUGGUGAUUUUCAAGAAUUGAAAUAUUCUUUGAAGAUAUUGUCGAUGUAUAAUUUGAAAUUGGAAGCUCUUCCGAGCGGACUACAAUGUUGCGCAUCUCUAGAGGAAUUGUACAUAUGGGAUUGCAGGGAGCUUAUCCAUAUCAGUGAUUUACAAGAAUUGUCUUCGCUUCGAAGAUUAGAGAUUAGAGGUUGUGAUAAGAUCAGCAGUAUUGAAUGGCAUGGUUUACGACAAUUACCUUCUCUUGUUUAUUUAGAAAUCAGUGGGUGUUGGAGUUUGAGUCAUUUCCCAGACGUUGAUUGCUUAGGCGGCCUCACCCAACUGAAGGAAUUGGCCAUUGGUGGUUUCUCAGAGGAGCUGGAGGCUUUUCCUGCAGGAGUUUUAAACUCAUUCCAACACCUCAACUUGUGUGGAUCCCUUGAAAGACUGGAGAUAUGUGGAUGGGAUAAACUGAAGAGCGUACCGCAUCAACUCCAACACCUCACUGCCCUUGAGAGAUUGGAAAUAUGUGAUUUCAGGGGAGAGGGAUUUGAGGAAGCUUUGCCAGAUUGGUUGGCCAACCUUUCUUCUCUUCGAUAUCUUGGGAUUGAUAAUUGUAAGAAUCUUAAGUAUCUGCCAAGCUCAACAGCCAUUCAACGCCUCUCCAAACUGAAGGGAUUGCGGAUUUUGGGGGGAUGUCCACAUCUCUCAGAAAAUUGUAGAAAGGAGAACGGCUCUGAGUGGCCCAAGAUUUCUCAUAUCCCAACAAUCGAUAUAGUAUAGAGGGUACAAGUAGCUUAGAGGCCUAGAUCUGCAAACAGGACUUUUCACACUAAGACAUAUGAAAGCUACUACCAGGAACUUCGAUGCGGAAAACAAAGUCGACAAAGUCGGCAAGGGUGAUUUCAGUCCUGUAACUGCAUGUUUAAUGGUUCUGUCCUAACUACAUUCUAUAAGUUAGCCGUAGAAAAUAGCUAUGGAAAUAGGUCAUAUGUUCCCCAUAAACCUUUUGGAUUCUUUCUAGUUUUAGAUGUAGUAAGGCAAAUAAAGAAAGCAGUGCAAACUAUUAAUUGCUAGCCAUAAGUUUGAGGUGGGAACUUUUAAUUAUUGAACACAGCGUUCACUAUCAGAUGGAACUGUGUGAUUGCAGUGAUGCUGCUUUCCUCAAAGUCUAAGCAAGGAAACCGUGAAAUUGUGAAUGAGAUAGGAAUGAUAUCUGCACUGCAACAUCCAAAUCUUGUAAAGUUGUGUUGAAGGAAACCAAUUGAUGCUUGGGUACGAGUACAUGCAGAACAAUUGCCUGUCCCGUGCUCUAUUUGGGAAGGGUGUAAAGUUCUGAUUGAAACUGGACUGGCCUAUCAGGCAGAAAAAUUGCCUGGGAGUAGCUAGAGGUUUGGAUUACCUCCAUGAAGAGUCAAUAAUAAAAAUUGGGCAUGGGGAUAUCAAAACAAGCAAUGUGUUUCUUGAUAAGGAACUCAAUGCCAAAAUUUCUGAUUUUGGUUUGGCAAAGCUAAAUGAAGAUGGACAGUACCCACAUCGGCACUCGGAUUGCUGGAACCAUUGGUUAUAUGGCUCCUGAGUAUGCAAUGCGUGGCUACUAAACUAACAAAGAAAAUGUUUGUAGCUUCGGAGUUGUUGCUUUGGAAAUUGUAAGUGGCCUAUGUUUUGCAAGAGAGUGGAAGUCUUUUGGAGUUGGUAGAUCCAGAAUCGGGGUCAGAGUAUUUUUCAGAGGAGGCUAUGGUGAUGCUAAAUGUCGCCCUCUCAUGCACCAAAGCAAAUUCUUGUGAAUCUUGUUGCAGCUGAUAAGCCUAUAUGAUGUAGAACAGAGUUAAAGCUGCAAAGAGAAAGGGAGUGAAUGACUCUGGCAGUACCUGAUGGAACAUAAAAUGAUGCUUAUGCAAAGAGAAAUUGGACAUAUACAUUUGUCAAGCAGAAUGUUUGGUGCAUCCAUUAUUGAUCAUGUAGAAAGCAUCAAAUCCUUAUUCGAAAAACAUGGCCAAAUCAAUUUUUUUUGAAGCUUAAUUAUUGAGGACAGACACAAAUCCUGUUUCAUUUCAAUUAAUCAGUUGUAACGGAUUCGGCAUAAUUAUUGCUAAGAUAUUUCUUUUCUUUCCCAUCAA